UCUUGUGCAACAUGGCGGAAUAUUUAUCCGAUGUAGAAGUGUCUGACGACGACUUUGAGUAUGAUGGAUGUCCGUAUCGUUUUGAGCCAGAAUACACCGAUGAGGAGCUAUUUGAAAGGAGGAUGCAGAGGGAAAGAGCUGAACAGCUGGCCAGAGAACAAGCAACCACUGCACGUCCACGAGUGGGGGCUAACUGGUGGUGUUGUUGUGGACACUGCACGGCAAUGGUAACAGAGGAGGAGUGCCUUUGCUGCUCAGAGUGGGACUUGAGACCAGAGGAAACACGUAUUGAUGCCCCCCAAAAUACGUGUCUCACUACACUCGAAGAUUUUUCUGCCAUGACAAACCGGGCUGUGGUAGAGACUUUUUUUCAUGUCCCGAGAGUCAACUGGCAGACGCAGCCGAAGCCAGCAGGACCGAACGGCCAACUUUCGAUAGAGCAAUGCAGACUGGUGGCAUACCGGAUUGUUAUAGAGUGGGCACUUGCAGGGGAACACCUUGGACCUGGGAACAGGAGGAUAAUUCCUAGCUGCAUUGUCUCUGCAAUCAGAGGAAAAUACCCCUCUCCCACAGGCAGUUAUGUGGGAUUCACUGAGGCUCAGGAUGCUAAUCAGCAUCUGAUUAGCAAGACAAAAGACUCAAUUUUUCUUGGACAGUUUGUGUGAAGGCUGUUACAUUUGCUUUGUUUUUGCUAUUGUCUUUGUAUCUAUUUCUAUGCAUAUGUGUAAACACACAAAUACUUAUAUUAUUGUACAUAAUUGCCUUUUGUUUUUUGACAAUUCAUUUAU